AUGGCUGAGCUGGCCGCCACCCCCCAAGUCGAAGAGCAGUCCGACGGCUCCAAGCUGCGGACGUUCUUGUCCAUCUUAAAGAAGUUCAUUGGCGUUUCGGACCUAGCUGCCGUGCGCUUCUCGUUGCCAUCACAGCUGCUCGAACCGACGCCCAACCUUGAAUACUGGAACUACCUCGACGCUCCCAACUCGUUUAUUGCCAUUGGCACCUCCGACGAACCCCUCGACCGCAUGCUCGAGGUGCUGCGCUUCUGGUUUACCAAGGAUCUCAAAUAUGCCAAGGGCCGGCCAUGCAAGCCCUACAACUCGUGCCUGGGCGAGUUCUUCCGCUGCAACUGGGAUGCCGAAGACAAUGCCCCGCGCAUUGUUCACCAAGAAUUGCUCGGCGUCGCUGACGGUGCUGCCAAGACAAACGGCACUGCAGCGUCGAGUUCGGCGUCGAGCGUAAAGUCCAACAUGUCCCGCGGCAGCUCCAAGAGCGCCGCCGCCGCCGCCGGCACCCGCACCCCUAACCUCUCUGUGCCCCAGAGCGGCUCCAACCCCCGGAAUGCCAAGGUCCGGGUGUCAUAUCUCACCGAGCAGACGUCACACCACCCGCCGGUCAGCGCCUUCUACAUUAGCUGCCCGGAGCGCGGCCUGCAUGCACGCGGGUUCGACCAGAUCACGGCCAAAUUUACCGGAACCAGCAUCAAGGUCAUGCCGGGCGAGCACAACCUGGGCAUUUUCAUCACGCUGGAGAAGCGCGACAACGAGACGUACCAGCUCACCCACCCGGCGGCCCACCUGGGCGGUCUUUUGCGCGGCGCGCUGAGCGUCAGCGUCGGCGACAUGGCCUACAUCACCUGCCCGGAAACGAAGCUCAAGGCCAUCUUGCACUACUACGAUGAGGGUUGGCUAAGCCGGUCGACGAACAUGGUGGAUGGUGUGAUCUUUCGCUACGACCCCAAGAACGACGACAAGAUGCGGAUCCGUGACGUGCCAGACGAGGACGUCCUCGUGCGGUUAAACGGGCCGUGGAAGGAGAAGAUUACCUUUACAAUGGGCCCUAAACCAUUUAACACACAACCUGCCGAGGCCCAAACAACUAUUAUCGAUAUCGCCCCCCUUACCGUGGCGCAGAAAGUGAUUCCGCCAGAUGACCAGCAGCUCAAGAACGAGUCGCUGCAGCUGUGGGGAGAGGUCACCAAGGCCAUCCUCGCCAAACAAUUUUCCAAGGCGACGAGCAUCAAACAGGAGCUUGAGGAGAGCCAGCGUGAAAAGGCGCGCGAGCGCGAACGCACCGGCAUCGCCUGGAACCCCGUCUUCUUCACGCAGGUGACUGGCAACGGCGGCAAGCCCGAGUUGUCUGAAAAGGGUCGCCAGGUGCUCGAACGCGCACAAAAUGGCGACUGGAGCAUGGUCGGCAUCGUGGAUGUUGAUGCGGAAGCCAAGGAAGAGGAAGAGACAACUGGGACCGUGCCAGAUGACGCGACUGAAGUGGUUGCUUGA